AUUACGGUAGGCUACAUUGUUGAAGGACCAGGUUAGUAGCCUACCUCUUACACAAGUUACAUGUUUGCAAGAGGGCUGUUCAAAUGGGCUCCUCUGUCCAAAUGGCAAAGACUGAGUGCAAGUGGCGAUAGUUGUCCAUUCUGCUCAGUCCAGUUAGUAUGCUCAGUAUCCUCCCUGUAAUGUGACACUCAGAUUUUGUUCAUUUCCAUUAAAUAUUAGCCAGCUUUAUCAGGCCAACUAGCAAAACGUUCCACUAAAAGCAGGGAAUCAUGUUGUUUGUUUAAACAGGGACUAUUCCUUUAACUGCUGAAGCAAUAAGUCACAGGGUAAACUAGAACUACCCGUCUCCAAAACAGCCGAUCGGGGACAUAGCGGAGUUCUGGAUACACUACCAAAGAUGAAGGUUCUUGAUCUGGAGGAGAUACAGACCGCCGAGCAAAUCCUACGGCGACAUUUGCCGAAAAGUUCUAAGGUGCACGGAUAUCUUAUAGGUUUGUCCAGGAAUAAGCCGUCCACAUAUGAAGUUGUCGUAGACGCCUGGCCUGACUUUACAUGCGUUAUUCUUCGACCAGACCAACAGAAUCCCAAUGUAUCUUACUACCAGAGGAAGGUGACUUUAUUCUGUACAGAAACGGGGCUGCAAGUAUUGAAAAGAAUGAUAGCAGAAGAGGAAGCAAUUGACUGGAGCGCACACUUCAUGAUUGGCGGGCUUGAUAUGUCCCUUGCACCCAUGGUGAAGGAGGUUGCCGCUUCUAAAGGAGUGAAUGUGAGGUACUACACUCUGGUUCAGCUCGUGGUCUUAUCUGACCCACGUGACUUACCUCAGUUGACAGACAACAGAUUGGAAAGCAGGAUUUCUUCUCUAACAGAGUCCCACAUCGAUCUGGUAAACAAGACGUGGAAGUUUGGAGGCGACGAGAAGGGAUACAACAUUGUCAAGAACCUCAUCCGCAACUUCCCUUCAUACUGCAUCGUGGAUGACUCCAACCAGCCUGUGUCAUGGAUGCUUUUGUACGACUACUGUGCACUCGGGUUACUGUACACGAUGCCUGAACACAGGGGGAAAGGCUAUGCCAAAACCCUGAUCACACACAUGUCAAAGCAACUGCAUGCUCAGGGAUACCCUGUGUACUGCUUCAUUGAGGAAGACAAUGCCGCCUCCCUCCGGCUCUUCAGGAGCUUGGGCUUCACAGAGCACCCAUCAUACAGGGUCGCCUGGUUCGAGUUUAAUUACUAGGCUGGUGUGCAAUCGUUUGGAAAAGUAGGACUUUUGUACAUGGGACAAUGGAUAGCAGUAGAAAAUACCAAUUGGAUGAAUAACGAGUAGGAUACUCAAACCAGCUUGAGAAUGCCCCAAGUGAUAUGUUCAUACUAGGGAUAACCUUAGGACAUCUUAUCAGUAUUAUAUUUCUUGAGGAUGACAUUGACCAUGUGGUGCGUCUUUGAUGUGGCUUUGGCCUACUUCAGCCUCAUUAAACUUAAUUUGGCGACUACAGAUUUACAUCACAUUAGCAAGCAGAUUUGUUUAUCAUGAUCUCAUCCGAGAGAUACACACUAACGGCAUGUAUUCCUGGAACCAUGUCCCGUAGUCCGAUGACACCAAGAUAAACACAGUUGUUUUUA